AGGGGGGGGAGGAGGAGGAGGGGGGGGGCCUCGGUCGGUGGUGUGGAAGUGCUGCGCUCCCUUCCGACGAGUCACUGUCUGCCUGCACUUACCAUCAAAUAUUACUCAAAGAGUUGACGGGAAAGCGAAACCGGCCGACAAACCCAGCCGGGGAUCCUAUAAAAUCCCGGCGCUGAGCUCUACGUCGGACACACGGCUGUAAUCCACCCGGAGGAGCUGGAUCUCAUCGCGGGCUGCAUGACAAGCUGCGCGGCGUUGUAGGUGCACCGGAGUCUGCCGACGACAUGGAAAAUAAAUACUGCUCAGCAUCAGUGUAUUCAGCCGAGGCCAUGGACGCGAGCUGGAAAAACUGCUUCGAAGAGGAGCUCCUGUGUCCCAUUUGCCUGAAUGUCUUCGACGAGCCCAUCCAGCUGCCGUGCAAGCACAACUUCUGCAAGGGCUGCAUCUCCGAGGCUUGGGCCAAGGACAGCGCCGCGGUCCGUUGUCCCGAGUGCAACCACGACUACGACCAGAAGCCGGCACUGGAGAAGAACUUUAAGCUCGCCAACAUCGUGAAGCGCUUUAACGCCCUGAACACUGAGAAAGUCCCCGCCGUGCUGCACUGUGUCCUCUGCAGACGAGGCCCCCCGCUGCCCGUGCGGAAAGUCUGCCUGCGCUGCAAGGAGCCCUGCUGCCAAAUUCAUAUCCAGACGCACCUCCAGCAGCCGUGCGCGGCCCCGGGACACCUGUUAGUUGACGCGGAGGAGCUGAGCGCUUGGACCUGUCCCAGUCAUGAGGAGUACAGGCUGCUCCACUGUGAGGACGACCAGGUGGCUCUGUGUCCGUUCUGCUGCAUCUCUCACUGCACUAACCAAAGACACACAGUCUGCGAUGUUGACACGCAACGCAUACAAAUGCAGGCCAUGCUAAUGAGGCAGCAAGACAGACUGGAGGGUCGUGUUCAGAACAUCGAUGAGCAGCUCAACAAGCUGGAGUCUGACAAGACACUAAUGAAGGAUGCGGUGUCUGAGCUGAAGGAGCGCGUCAGGGCCCGGUACCAGAGGAUGCACGCGCUGCUCGAAACAAACCAGGCCGAAACCAUGCAGAUGCUGGAGAGCACUUACGCCACGUACGCCAGGAAGAACUCCCACCAGGCUCUGCAGCUCAACGAGAAGCACCAGGAAGCGGAAAAGCUCCUGAGCUCGGUACAAACGUUCCUCCAAAGAACGGAGAGCGUGAACUUCAUGAAGAACACAAAACCGUACCAGCUGCUAAUGGACAGGUCCAACUCACACCUGAAUAGUGCCAUCCCUCCGCUCAGAGUGGGCCAGCUCAACUCCCUUAAUUUGCUGUCCGACCUCUCAACAAGAGAGAAGAAUCUGAGAAAAACGCUGGAAGAACCUUUCAAUGAGGCGUCCAUUCUAGAGAUUAUCCAGUCCCAAAGCAGCUCUUCUGGCUCCCAAAUGGGAACCAGUUCAGGACAACAGAAGAGAAAAUACGGCAUGGCUUUCCUGGAGAGUAACACUGAAAACGCCGCCUCGCAGGCUUCUCCGCCUUUGCUCUACAGCAGCAAAAAACCUUUCCUGGCUGACCAGAGCCAUCGCCCUUCAUCUGUGUACCCCUCGGAUGUCCUCUCCCAGAAUCCUCACGCUGGCCAAGGCCAUAGUCGGCUCCUUGACUCCUCAUCCCAUCACAUGGUGGGUCUAGGGUCCAGCUCUAGCCACCACUCAGGGACUAUAUUCCCAACCUCCCACUUCCCAGGUGGAGGCGCCUCUCAACAAGCCAUGUACGAGGAGAGGGAGAGGGAGAGGAAAGUACUGAUGUGCACUCUGAGUAACUGCUGCUGCUCCAGGGCCCCCGCUGCUCGUGCCCGGCCUCCGUACCCAGCGCCGGACUCCUUCCCGUCCAUGACCUCUCAGGAGUUUCCCUCACACGCCCCACUGUCCGCGACCCAACCACUGCAGCAUUUCCCCAUAAGGGGACUGAUGGAAGCGUCACAGACGGCCAGACACCCCGACUUCUACGGGCUGUACGGCCAGUCUUCAACCAAGCAUUACGGGACCAAGUGAAACAACGGUUGUUUUCUGACGGCAGAAUUAGCAUCAGAUUUCCACUCCUUUCCAUUUUGAUUCACGGACAUGUCGCCGGUCUGUGUCUUCAACAGGCCUCCGCGUUCUUUCGACAGCCGUAGCUCCGUUUACUCCCUGAAUCACAGUGACACCGGUAGUACUCUAAUCUGAAACCCCAGCGUUGUGUUUUUAUUUAUUUUCUGUUUCAAUUCGACUGGAAGUGCUAAUGUGAAUAAUGUAGUCUUAAAUCCAUACAAGCAGCGAACUAAAGAAACGACAUAUCCUUUGUCACGAGUCCUGAGCAUGGGACUCCAGAGACUCCAGUGCCUAAAAAGACUGACAACACACUCUUACUGAACUUGCAAUUUCCUAGCUCUUGAUUAUUUCCUGUUUGCGGCUGAAAGCAUGCAGGGAGCCUCUCCAUGCACUCCAAAGUCCAUGUGGCUUUAGAAUAUAUAUAUCUAUAUAUAUAUAUAUAUAUAUAAAAAACACUGGACUGCAAACGCUUGUCAGGUUUUUCAUGAGUUUUUUUUAUAGAAGAUUAUGAAUAAACCAAAAUCUGUGGAAAAUGUUGAAUAAACAAACAAGCAUAUAAAA